AAUAGUCCUGUAAGGCCAUUGACGUAAACAUUAUCCACAACAUUUGAAUUUUGUUCAAGCCCUUUGCCUAGCUCAGUCCGAGCGGCCCACACUACAGUACACACUACAGUAGAUGGCUCACUUCAGCAAAAAGUCUGCUCCGACAGAGGACUGGCAGACGGCCUCGUCUAUUUAUGACUUCUCUGCAAAGGAUAUUGAUGGCAACGAGGUAUCCCUCGAGAAAUACAGGGGUGACGUUGUUAUCAUCGUCAAUGUUGCCUCUAGAUGAGGUAAAACCCCAGUAAACUACUCUCAGUUUGCGGAGAUGCACGCGAAGUACGCUGAGAAAGGUUUACGCAUCCUGGCCUUCCCCUCCAACCAGUUCGGGAGACAGGAACCUGGCACUGAAUCACAGAUCAAGAAUUUUGCCAAGUCCUACAAUGCUCAUUUCCCAAUGUUCAGUAAGAUCAAUGUGAACGGGCCCAACGCCCACCCCGUGUGGAAGUGGCUGAAGGAGCAGCCCAAGGGGAGAAGCUUCCUGGGAAAUGGCAUCAAGUGGAAUUUCACUAAGUUCCUUAUCAACAGAGAGGGCCAGGUUAUGAAGAGAUAUGGACCGUUGGGGGAUCCCAGCGCGGUGGAGAAGGAUCUUCCCAGGUACCUGUAAUUCUUCCAUCACUGACUGUCUAAUGCACUGAUACUGCAUCUAUCCCUCCCUCUCCGGUGAGCCAAUGCCUGGGAGUGGGUCCAUUCCCCAGACCAAUGACAGUCUGUCCACAAACCAGCCUGACUGGUAGGACAGACCUGAUGAAAACGGCGUGCAACCAAUCCCCUGGGAGGACCCGCUAUAGGCAUAGCCAGCCAGCACCGGAGAAGAAUCCUGACCCCCUGAAAAUAUGAUCUUAGUGUCAUAUUCCAUAAUAAACGUAACGCUUUUGUGCUAA